AUGAGCACCAACCCCGCCCCCCUUCCGGCAGGCCUCCCCCUUCCAGCAUUCGCCGCCCCCCUGCUCCACCAAGCGGACAAGCACAAACUCUUCAACAAAAUGGGCAUAGAGGAAAAAUCCCCGGCUUUGGACGACCUCCUGCAGCAUAUCACCUCCACCUUCAGCACCCAAGACUCCUCCAUGAACCCGGCCAAGGCCAUCAUCAGCCUCCUCCUCGGCCUCUCAACCCAAGUCGAGAAACUUACCACCGAGGCCAACCAGACCGAAGAAGUAGAACUCUACCUAAAUGAUCCUAUCGAAACCAUCGACCAAAACGGCAAUAGACGCCUCCUCACCUAUGCCGAGAAACUCAAACAACACCACGACAACCCCCGCCCAGCCGUCCCCCCCUCCGCUACCCGGAACGCAGGCCCUCGCAGACCUGCAGUACCCCAACCAGCAGCGAACCUCCCCGCCGCACAACGCCGGUUCUUCGCAACCAGGUCUAACCCCGCCCCCUUCCCGAACCACCAACAACUCGAGGCAAGACUCCCCUCCGAUCUCGGAAGAGUCCUAGCCAAUGCAGGCCUCACCCACCCUCACACCGCCCUCCAAGUCCAGGUCAACCGCAAUGGCACCGUCACCUGCACCGCCUCCCCCUCCACCCCCGCCAAAGACAUCGCCCCCUACUUUCCCGGACUCCUCGCCGUUCUGAACCUCGCCUGCAACGCAUCCGAGAACCCGCUCAACGAAUUCCAACUCGCACCAACCAACGUCGACUAUGCCAUCCAUAACGUCCCCAUCUUCGCCCUAGACGUCCCAGAGUCGCUCUUCACCCCCCACCUUGCUGAAGCUAUCGCCCUCACCACCGGAGCCUCAGUCGCCAAAGCCAGAUACCUCACCAAACCCGAAAAUAGAAUCGGGAAAACUACCACCACAAUCGUCAUCUCCGUCCCCGCCGAGGAUACUGACAAGAUCGGAGACCAAAUUCGCCUAUUCGGACGCUCCCGCCGGUGUAAUAAACUAUGGCCAGCUUCCCCCAAUACCCUCUGCCGCAAGUGCGCCCGCCUAGGACACGCAACAGAAGGAUGCCAAUCAUCCUCACCCACAUGCCCGCUCUGCGCAGGCAACCACCUCCGCAAAGACCACCGCUGCCCCAACCAUGCCUGCCCUAACGAAGGCCACCUCAAACCCGUCAUCGAGUGCUGCGCCACUUGGAAAGCCAAAUGCAUCAACUGCGCCGGCAAUCAUAUCGCCUCCUUUAGAGAAUGCCCCGCAAGACGCUCCCGCACCCAUUCCGCUACUACAGCGCCUGCCCCCCAGGGCUCCGCCCCUACCCCCCAGAACACCACAGGCAACCCCCUACCGGCUACCCUGCCACAACCCACCACCCCUCAGUCCGCAUCAGUACCCGCACCCCAACAAGAAGGAUCUGCGGAAGAGGACUUGACCAUGACGCAGUAA